UAAAUCGGGUAUUUUAGUUUUAAAUAAAUAUUUAAUAUAAAAAAGAGUUUGAAUUUAUUUGGUCUCUAAUAUCUAUAGAUGUUCAAAAAAAAUAAUAUUAAAAAUUAAAUUUAAAUACAAAAUAUUUACAUAUUAUACAGUUGUGUACUUUUUUGUGCAAUGCAAUGUUAAAAAUUCAAUAUAAUCCAAAUGUUGCACGACAUACGUUGUAUUCGAAGCUAUGGACAUUUUAGUAGGUGAACAUUGUACAUGUAUGUACGUAAGUAGUUAUGGAAAUGAAUGAAUAAAACGGAAAAAAUUUUAAUGUUAAAAUAUCCUGUGUUUAAAGUGUAAAAUCAUCACAAUUUUUGUUAUUAUUUCAAUAUAAUAAAAAAAUAUCAAUAUUAGGGAACAAAAAAAAAGAAAAAAUUUAAAAUUUAAAAAUGGACGAAGUCAUGAAAAUUGUAGAAAAUGCUGAUCCAUUAAGCUCUUGGUGGCCUUUUAUUGGUGCAGUUGUGAUUGGAAUUGUUAUGACCAUAAGAAGUAUAAUGGGCGGACAACGUUGUCCAACAACAAAUUUAAUUGACAAACAAAUUGUAAUUGUUACGGGUGGUUAUUCUGGAAUUGGCUUUGAAAUAUGUAAAGCAUUAUUGGCACGUAAUGCUCAUAUCAUAAUAGCUGGUAAAAACAUUGAAAAGGCGGAGAAAACAAAGGAAAUUCUACAACGUGAAGUGAAAUGUGCGUUAAGAACACCGCAACAACAAAAUCCUGAUGUAAAAAUUGAAAUUAAGUAUUUAGAUUUGCAAUUAUUUGAUAGUGUUAAAAGUUUUGCUCGUAAUAUUUGUGAGCAAUUUGAUCAUAUAGAUGUAUUGAUUAAUAAUGCUGGAAUUAUUUUUAAUCCUGUUGAAAAAACUUCUGAUGGUUUUGAAAUUCAUUUACAAGUUAAUUAUUUAUCACCAUUUCUUUUAACACAUUUAUUAUUGCCUCAUUUGAAAAAAUCACCUAAUUUCGCACGUAUUAUUAAUGUAUCAGCACAUGCACAUGCUUCAGCUAAAAUUGAUUUUGAUGAUCCAUUAAAUAUUGGUGCAUGGGCAAUUAAUUUUCAUCAACGUGAUGCUUUUGCACACUCAAAACUUGCUGUUGUUUUAGGAACAAAACAAUUAGCUAAAGAAUUAAAAGAAUAUAAUGUAACGGUUAAUGUAUAUACACCAGGGCUGGUAAGAGGAACAGGACAUUUGAAAAAUUCACCUAUAAUGUCAUCACUUAGUGUUAAACUUAUAACAUUUCCUUGGAUGUGGCUAUUUAUGAAAAAUCCAUUUGAAGGUGCACAAACUGCGAUUUAUUUAGCAACAGAUUCUAAAUUGAAAAACACCACAGGAGAAUAUUUUAAUGACUGUGAAAUUACAAGACCUUGCGAAUUAGCUGAAGAUGAAAAACUAGCUGAAAAACUCUUCAAUCAAACGAAAAGAGUUUUAAAAUUAGAUUUGUAAUGAGUUUUAAAAUUAGAUUCGAUAUUUUUUUAAAGAUUAUUUUACCUAAUAAUAUUAGUUUGAAUUUAGAGGUGUAUGUACAUUUGAAAAAAAAACUGUAACUGAUAUUAAAAGCUUAUGAUACACAGGCUUUUAAUAAUAAUUUUGGGAAAGCUUAUUUAAAAUAAU